AUGUCGGGAUAAUCAUUCCCGAGAACCAUCUACCGUAUCCACACAGGCUCGUAUGACAAUAUCACACACAGAUAUAUCGUUUCCAUUAGUUUCCACACUAAUGUCCACUGAAACCAACCUUCAACCUUCACAAGGCCUCUGAAGGUCAAGGUCAAACGGUGGGAUUUCCUUGCGUCCCUGUUGUGUUGAUUCCUGGCUCUGUGUGUCUCGGAUUGUCCGACAUCCGAGUGCUACAAUGAGUGGACAGAAGGCUGUGCUGAUUGCAGUGGACGGCAGUGUGCACUCCGAGCGUGCAUUUGACUGGUACGUGACGAAUCUGUACAGGGACGGUGACGAGGUGAUUGGCCUGGUGUGUCCGCAGAUUGCCAACCGAUUAUCCUCCAUCGCAGAGGAAGAUAAGACCCCAGAAGGUAUCAGGGGGAUUAUUGAAGAUGAGAACAAACGCAUCCAAGAAACGAUGGAUCGUUUUACCAAGCGUAUAGAGACCACCCAGGUCAAAGGGGAGGUAACUACUGUUAACGGGAUAUCACCGGGACAAACAAUUGUGGAAAUGGCAGAGUCACGUGGUGUCAGCUUUAUCGUCAUUGGCUCACGUGGUCGAGGCGUCAAGAGACGCACUCCGAUUGGUCACGUGUGCGACUUCGUCAUGAACCAUGCUACGGUGCCUGUUAUGAUCUGCAAGGAUGCGUAGUGACGUCAUCAUAGUCACUGCCAUUACUUUAACUUGUAUGAUUAAUUAUGGUUGCUUCCGCAUUAAAUUAAUUUCCAGAA